CUUCGUCCAAUAGCACAAUGGCAUCGUCAAAUCAUCGUGGCGGUGGGGGAGGAGGCGUCGGUGGUGGUAGCGGUUCGGGUCUACAAAUUGGCUCGGCGUGGUUUCAACGCAAAAUCAACUUACGACCACAGCAUCGAGGUGUUCAUUUAGUAACAGAAGAAAUACUUAGACAAAUGCCCGAAUUGGGACAAUUUUCAGUUGGAUUAUGUCAUGUGCAAAUUCUUCACACAUCAGCGAGUUUAGCGUUAAAUGAAAGUUGGGAUCCAGAUGUAAGAGACGAUAUGGAAAUGAUGUUAAAUAAAAUAGUUCCCGAAGGCUUACCCUACAGGCAUUCAUGCGAAGGACCCGACGAUAUGCCAGCGCAUGUGAAAGCCUGCUUUCUCGGUAGUUCAUUGACAAUCCCUAUAACCGAUGGUAAAUUAUCGCUUGGCACAUGGCAAGGUGUUUGGCUAUGCGAGCAUCGUGAUCAGGCGGGCUCACGUAAAUUGGUUAUAACAUUAUCUGGGUGUCCGCGUGAAACGGUACGUAGUCCGUUGUCGCCUGUAUCACCAAUUGCAUCAACAUCCAGUUAGGGAAGGCCUCGCU